GGUAAUGAUUUUUUUUUUCAGACGCGAGCGCGAGUGCGCUCCCGACUUCUUCGACGCUCGUCGCGUCGUCCUCGACUCCGCCGACUCUCGCUCACUUCUUCGCCAUCAUCUCCUUCACGAAAUCGAACGCCGCGGUGUCCUUGUGUUGACUGUACGACGACUUCGUCGGGCUGGUCGAGCUCCCGCCGCCGCCGCCGCUCCCGAGCCCGCCGCCGCCGCGAGGUUGCGUCGAGAUCGGCCGCGACGGCGGCGGCGGCGGCGGCGGCAUCCGCGUCUGUUGCCACUGCUGCUGCUGCUGCUGCUGCUGCUGGAACAUCAUCUGCUGCUGGUGAUACAUCUGCUGCUGCUGGUACAUCUGCUGCUGCUGGUACAUCUGUUGCUGCUGCUGUCGUUGCUGCGGCGUCAUUAUCGGCUGUUGUUGAUACGCCGCCGCCGCCGUCGGCGCGCCCCCUCCGCCGCCGCCGCGGGUCGGGGACAUCGAUAACCCGCCUAAGAGGUCGUCCAACCCGCCACCGCCGCUCAUCAGGUCGCUCGUCGGGACCGCGCGCGUCGUCGCCGUCGCCGUCGGCGAGGUCGACGCGACGCCGAGACCGAAGAAAUCAUCCGUCGCGUUCGUCUGCGCGUUCGUCGCGCCGCCGGCGACGCCGUCGAUCGCCCGCUUCGCCGCGACCGCCCUCUCGCGCAGCGCGUCGUUCCCCACGCCUCCGUUCGCCGC